AUGUCAUUUAUCAUGGCAUGGCGUGGUCGUUCAUUAAAUAUUUAUCCAUCAUUUCGUCAUAGUAGUUCACUAAUUCGUGAUACCAUACAAGGUGAUAUCCGUAUAACAGGUGUAAUUGUUCAUUUCAUUGAUGAUUCUGAUAAUGAUAGUGAUGAAGCAAUUAUUGCACAAGAAAGUAAUUCAGUAACACUAAUGGAAACAGAAAAUCAAUAA